AUGUCAGCUACAUCAGCGGGACAACAAAUUGCCCGAGCAUUCAUUUCAAAAUCACAUCAUCCACAUUUAAAUUUAUCGAUCGAACAUUAUCUACUGCGUUCACAACCUGCAAUAGUACCAGUUGCUUUUUUGUAUCGUAAUCAACCAUGCAUCGUUAUCGGUAGAAAUCAAAAUCCGUGGCAUGAGCUAGAUGUGACACGGAUGCGGGAACUUGGGAUUCGUCUGGUACGUAGACGUAGUGGUGGAGGUGCAGUUUAUCAUGAUUUGGGAAACACAAAUUAUAGCUUUCAUAUCGCAAGGGAGAAAUUCACACGACGGACGCAUGCUGAACUGAUUGCAAGAGCGUUGAAUAGCGAUCCGGUCAACCUCAAAGCUGCAGAUGCAUCUGAUGUUGGAGAUACGAACAGGGGUGCUUUCGUCAAUGAUAGGAAUGAUAUUUGCGUCGCUUUACGAAAAUCAAAGACCGAUAGACUGGAACGAAAAAUAUCCGGUAGCGCUUAUAAGAUCAUCUCUUCACGAGCAUAUCAUCAUGGAACGAUGCUUUUAUCCGCCAAUCUGUCUGAUCUAGGUUCAGCAUUGCGACCUAUGCGAGCAGAUAUGGAUAGCAAAGGUGUUGCAAGUGUUUCUUCGCCUGUCAUCAAUCUCGUCGAAGCUUUUCCAUCUAGAAAAUCACACUUGACACAUGAUGCAUUUUGUCAAUCAGUUCUUUCCGAAUUUAAACGUACUUAUGGUGGAGAUUCAAGCGGCGUUGAAUAUUUUGAUGAUCAUUUCAUAAAUGAUGAGAUCAAAAAAGGUUGGGAGGAAAUGGAUUCAUGGGAUUGGACUUUUGGUCAAACGCCAGAAUUUACUCACAAAAUCUCAAGUACUGGCUUCAAAAAUCCCGACGUCGCACCUUUUACCAUUAAUCUGCAUGUCAAGCAUGGUAAGAUACAAGAAGCAAACCUGAAUGCUUCCGAAAGUCAAACCGAUGAAAACCUACACAAAAUUGUACAAAGGCUGAAAGGCGCUCGAUAUGAUAUCCUGGCCGAUGCUCCUGAUACUUUUGGCAAAUCUGUCGAGAGCACUCCAGAAAGCGAAUUAUCGUAUAACAAACAAGGAGCACCCCAGCGUGAAGCUGGAAUCUUGACACACUUUCUCCCUUGGCUCAAAACUGUAUUGUAA